AUGGCAGACCAAACAGAACGUAACGACUCGCAGGCAAACGGCCACGCGACCGCUGUAGCGACGGGUGCCGCGAAACCACUACCCCCCGGAGUCGUCCUCGGACCCGAUGGCAAGCCCAAGACCGCCUUCUCCGCCUUGGCCGCGCAGGCCAGGUCCUUGAAGACGCCGGCCUCAACCACAUCCAAGACGAGCACCGUCACCACCGCCCCGGCUACCGACUGCCCGGCCGACGUCGAGACCCUCGGACGGAGCACAUGGACACUCCUCCACUCAAUAGCCGCAACAUACCCUACCACUCCAAGCUCAUCCCAGCAAAACGACCUAGUCAGUUUCGUUCAGCUCUUCUCCCGCCUGUAUCCAUGCUGGGUCUGCGCCGACGACUUCCGGGGCUACAUCCAGAAGGACCCGGUCAAGGCCGGCAGCCGUGGAGAGUUCGGCAAGUGGCUGUGCGACGCCCACAACGACGUCAACAAGAAGCUAGGCAAGCCUGUCUUUGACUGCUCCAAGUGGGAGGAGAGAUGGCGCACGGGGUGGAAGGACGGGAGAUGCGAUUGA